ACCUAAAGUUGAGUAACUGCAAUAUCCCCUUGAGGAAACUACAGCACCUGCCUGUCAAUUACAGGUCCUGUAUAAAAGUACUGCUUAACUCCAUGACAGCCCACAUUUAUCAGCCAAGCACCCAGUCAAGCAAUGGGAUCUCCAGAGAAGAGCUCAGAGCCUCCGGCGAGGGGGCAGUGGGCAAACAAAGCAGAGUUUAUUCUCACAACGGCCGGAGCGGUGAUUGGUUUGGGCAAUUUAUGGAGGUUUCCAUAUCUAUGCUACAAAAACGGCGGAGGUGCAUUUCUAGUUCCCUACUUCCUUUAUGUGGUGGCAUGUGGUAUCCCCCUGUUUGUACUGGAGACGGCGCUGGGACAGUACACCAGCCAAGGUGGAAUUACUUGCUGGAGAAAAAUAUGUCCACUGUUUGAGGGCAUGGGCUAUGCCAGUCAGGUGAUAAUCGUAUAUGGCUCAACUACCUACAUCGUAGUCCUGGCGUGGUCUUUCUUCUAUCUGUUUUCCUCUUUCAGCAGUGAGUUGCCGUGGGCUAGCUGCGGAAAUCCCUGGAACACAGAUAAUUGUGUGAACGCCACUAACGUCUCUAAUGGGUCCACAUCACUUAACAGCACGUCCUCAUCUGUCAUGGAGUUCUGGAGGUACAAAGUUCUUAGGCUUUCAAGUGGAAUUGAGAAACUGGGAGACAUUCAGUGGGAACUGGCUCUGUGUCUUCUGUUGGCCUGGGUGGUUGUCUGCUUCUGUAUUUGGAAGGGAAUCAAGUCUUCUGGCAAGGCUGCAUACUUCACUGCAACAUUCCCUUAUGUCAUGAUCUUCGUGCUGUUAAUUCGGGGCAUCACGUUGCCUGGAGCCCUCAAUGGCAUCUACUUCUACUUGUACCCAGUUCCUGCGCGACUGGCAGACCCCCAGGUUUGGAUGGAUGCUGGGACUCAAAUAUUCUUCUCAUAUGCUAUCUGUCUUGGUUAUCUUACAUCUUUGGGAAGUUACAACAAAUACAACAAUGAUUGCUACAAAGAUUCCUUCUAUCUUUGCCUUCUGAACAGUGGGACCAGUUUCAUCUCUGGCUUUGCCAUAUUCUCUGUAUUAGGGUACAUGGCCUGGGUACAGGGUGUAGACAUUUCUGUGGUAGCUGAAUCUGGUCCUGGGCUUGUGUUUAUAGUCUACCCUCAGGCUGUGACCUUACUGCCUUGGCCACAGCUGUGGGCAGUGUGCUUCUUCUCCAUGAUCCUUCUUCUGGGUGUGGACAGCCAGUUUGUUGGCAUGGAGAGCCUCAUGACAUCGAUGACUGACAGGUUUGCUGUACUGAGGAGGGGCAACAACAGACAGCUCGCCCUGUUGGGACUGUGCUCUGUCGGCUUCCUAGUAGGCCUUCUUAUGGUUUCUCAGGGAGGACUUUACAUUGUGCAGCUGUUUGACCACUAUGUCUGUAGUGGGGCCACUCUUCUCUUUCUGGCUAUUUGUCAAUCAAUCACUGUGGGCUGGAUUUACGGUGCUGACCGUUUCUACGGGAACAUAGAAGACAUGAUUGGCUACAGGCCUUUGCCCUUCAUGAAGUACUGCUGGAUCUACAUCACACCUACCGUCUGCAUUGGAACAUUUAUUUUUUCUUUGGUAAGGUAUAGCCCCCUGAAGUUCAACCAAACCUAUGUGUACCCCUGGUGGGCAUAUGGUAUCGGAUGGUUCCUGGCUGCCUCCUCCCUCUGCUUCAUCCCCUUGACGAUGCUCUACAAACUCUAUCAUGCCAAAGGGACCCUUCUACAGCGUCUUCAGUUCCUGUGCAGCCCUGCAGUUGACUUUGGAAUUGCAAAGAUUGAGGCAUAGAGACCGCAUUCUUCUGCAAUGUGAUUGAUGACGGACAGCAUGUAGCAGUAGGCUAUAGACGAUAGCACUAUAGACUUUCUGGUAACACUUAAUUGUAGGGUUACAUGUAUUAGCACUAAUACAUACAAUGUUAAUGCCUGCAUAAGUAACUUGUAAGGUAUGUACUAAGCAAAAACUAAGGCUUACUAGGUCCUUACUAAGGUUUAAUUGGUAAUACAUCCCUUACUGUGCAUGAACAAGACAUUUGCGGAUUCAUGCCUAAGAGAUGUUUGAUUUUGCUUAGUACAUGCCUUACAAGUUAUUUAUACAUGCUCUUUGUAUGUAUUAGUGUUAAUAGAUGUAACCCUAAAAUAAAGUGUUACCGACUUUCUCAACUCCUCUUUGAACCUAUGCAUAUGCUGGUUGAAUGGGAUUUUGAACCUUUAACUGAUAUAGGAUGACAUUUUCUAUAUAAAUAUAUUUUUUACGAAUGAGGUGAUUUUUUAUGUAAACCUUUUUGCAAACCUUAUGUUCUUAUUUUAUAACCUUUGUCUGAUGUCAUAUGGGUCAUUUCACGUGAAAUCAGACACUUUGGAGCCCCACACAGAUUUUAACUUGGUUGUAUUGUUAAAAUUACACAAACAGGGACACAACAGUUAUCCGAGUAUGAAAUUAUGAGAUAUAAAAAAUGCAAUAUAAAAAGAUAGCCUAUAUUUUAAAAGGGCCAAUAUAUUUUCCAAUCCUGCAAUUUCCUAAAUAACUGCACGAAUAGAGCAGCGGCAACAAGAUUUUUUGGGCAGUCAUGGGUGAGCGGUUAGGGCAUCAGACUUGCAUCCCAGAGGUUGCCGGUUCGACUCCUGACCCGCCAGGUUGGUGGGGGGAGUAAUCAACCAGUGCUCUCCCCUAUCCUCCUCCAUGACUGAGGUACCCUGAGCAUGGUAC